GCCCACCCACCCUCUUGUUUCAGAGCCCCACGGCAGAAAAUCUGUUAAAUAAAACUUCUCUACCAACAGCUCGUAUCAACGCACCCACCAUAUCUCUCUCUCUCUCUCUAUCUAUCUAUCUAUCUAUCUGUGUAUCAAAGAAACUAAGAAUGGGUGGAAGCAAAGAGUAUGCCGUAACGAUGAGGGCGAAGGAGAGAGUAGCAGCGGUGCUGCCGGUGCAGGAGCAUUGGCUGCCACUGUCCAACCUCGACCUGCUGCUGCCGGCAAUUGACGUGGGUGUGUUCUUCUGCUACAAAAAACCACCUGCCAAGCAGAGCAAGACCACCUUCGGGAGCAUGGUCAGCGCUCUCAAGGCAUCACUAGCGCAGGCCCUGGUGACCUACUACCCCUUCGCCGGCGAGGUCCUCACCAACCCGGUGGACGAGCCAGAGCUGCUUUGCAACAACCGUGGAGUGGAUUUCAUCGAGGCCUACGCCGAUGUCGAGCUCCAAGAGCUGCGCCUCAACAACCCGGACGAAAGUGUGGAGAGGAAGCUGCUGCCCAAGAAGAAGGAAGGAGUGCUCUGUGUCCAGGCAACGGAGCUCAAAUGUGGGGGCUUAGUGCUGGCCUGCACGUUCGACCACCGCAUCGCCGACGCCUACUCGGCCAAUAUGUUUCUGGUGGCCUGGGCUGAGACCGCCGCUUCCAAGCCCAUCUCCCUUGCCCCCUCCUUCCGCCGCUCUCUCCUCAUCCCUCGCCGCCCAGGCUCCCACGACUCCUCUCCGGACCGCCUCUACGCGCUGGUCUCCUCGCUGCAGCCCCCGCCCUCGCCCGACCAGGAGGCUGCCGUCAACCGGAUCUGCUACGUCGCAGCCGACGACAUCUCCCGGAUCCAGGCCGCCGCCGGCGGCCGGCGCACCAAGUUCGAGGCCUUCACCGCCUAUCUCUGGCGCGUCCUUGCCCGCGGCGCCCGACCGGAGGACAAGGUCUGCCGCAUGGGCGCCGUCGUCGACGGCCGCACCCGGCUGGCCCGCGGCGGCGAGAUGGCUGGGUACUUCGGCAACGUGCUGUCCAUCCCGUACGGGACCCUCGGGGUGGAGGAGCUGAAGGACAUGGACCUAGCAGAGACGGCGGCGGCGGUGCACGGGUGGCUGCGCCAGGCGACGACCGAGGAGCACUUCCGGGGGCUGGUGGACUGGGUUGAGGCCCGGCGGCCGGAGCCGGCCGUGGCGCGAAUCUACCUCGGGGAGGAGGACGGCGGGGUGGGGUGCGUUGUGUCGUCAGGACGGGCUUUUCCGGUAGGGGAGGUGGAGUUCGGGUGGGGGAGGGCGGUGUUCGGUUCGUACCAUUUCCCAUGGGGAAGCAGCGCCGGCUACGUGAUGCCGAUGCCCAGCGCCAGGAGAAACGGAGACUGGGUGGUCUACAUGCACCUGCUCAAGAGGUUUUUGGACGUGCUGGAGGCGGAGAAGCCGCCGGUUUUCCGACCUCUGACCGCCGACUACUUCCUGGCGGACGCCAAGUGAACCCCGUCCGCAGCCACGUCAGGGGAUGACCAUGGUUAUGUUCGCGUGUGUGAAACUCUUUUAAGUUUUCUACCAUCAGCCCACCUCUAUGUAUAAACUAUUUUAUUUGAUGUUGAUGUGUUAUGUGAAGAGUGUCGUCACCAGCAAUCAAUCAAAGAAAUUCCUUUGACGUGGUUGCUAGAUUAUUUUAAGUGUUGGUUGUUUGUCGUGUUGUUA